GAGUAUCUUAACCCAUUACAAAUCUUCAUCUUCUAACCCUAAAACAAACAUAUAUUCUCUUAUUAAGAUCAUCUGCUAAUAAUAAGAGAAUAUGAAUUUUAACGAUUUAUACCCUUUACAACAAAGCAAUGAGUCGAUAUGUCAGAUCUCAAAAUCUUGUGAACAACCCCAACAAAAAGAGCCAGAUAAUAAUCAACAUAUUGUCCCAGAAUUUCAACCUUUUAGCAUUGAUGAUUUUAACCCUAUCUUUAAUAUAGACCACCCUGCUAGCAACUCAUCAGCUCCAAAACAAGAUAAUCCAGCAAGUCAAAGAGCUGAUGAAAGUAAGAAGAAAAUGGUUGUAAGAAGAGAUGUUGAGAGGCUAAGAAGGCAAGAAAUGGCGAAUCUUCACGCGUCGCUUCGUUCACUUCUGCCUCUUGAAUAUAUCAAGGGAAAGAGAUCAGCAUCUGACCAUAUGAAUGAAGCAACUAAGUACAUAAAGAAUCUACAAAAAGUUAUUGUAGAAAUGAAAGAUAAGAGAGAUGAGCUAAACAGAUUGUCCAUCAACAAUAUUUCAAAACCUAUAUCUGUUAUUCCCAGAGGACUAAACAGCUUUUCACAUCCGGAUUUUGUGACGGUUAGGCCGUGUGUUUCAGGUUUGGAAGUUGUUAUUAGUAGUGAUGGGUUAUUGCUUCCGCUUUCAAGAGUGCUUCGAGUACUACUCGAAGAUGGACUACUUACAGUUGUUAGUUGUGUUUCGACUAGGGUAAAUGAAAAAUCACUACAUACUAUUCAGAUUGAGGUAAGCGAUCUUACACGAAUCAAUACAAUCGAACUUGAACAAAAGCUGAUUGACUUGGUUUAGUAUUCAAGAGUCCAAUGACGGGACUGCUUAAUGCAUAUGCUUAAGUACUCGAAGCCUUUAUAUUUGCACUGUAAACAUUUAAAUGACCUUAGAGUAUUAUAAGUGGUUUGUGUCAUCUUCUUGAGUUCAUCUAGCAAUCUAGCUCCUUAAUUGUCAUUUAUAUAAAGUUGAUUGAGUACUUAAGAUCUUAUAUACUUCUAGGUGGCAACAUAAACAUGUCUUUUUCUUUUAUAAGGUGAUCCUUCAAUUUGGUAGCUUCCUAUAAUGCCUGGGUUCGUCGAUUGUGCAAAUAUUAAUUAGUCUCGUCAUAUGAUCUGGUGUAUAUACUACAAAACAUAUUUUCUACACUGAAACAACAAGUGAAGUUGACUGAUUCGCUCGGCGAAUCGUCAUGGUCUUGUCUACGGUUUUAUUGAAGCUAUAAGUUGGUGACAGAAUGAUACAAAUUAUACAGUCAUCAUAAAGCCAUUUAAUGGUAUGCC